ACUCCGUGUUUUCCAUCAGUCUCAGCCGAGGUGCUAUCCAGCAUUAUGUGGACAAAACGAUUUAACAGGGCAUAUUAACUGCAGAAAACAGUGUGGAUGGCACGAGAUGCCGGAUGCUCGUACAUCAGCGUGGAUCAGUGAUCAACGUCACAAAACGGCGGGAUAUGAAAUAGCGUUUAUAAUGAACACUGCGCUUGAUGUGGAUGAAUCCGGCUGGAGAUGAUGUUGCGUCUGCCGAGUCUCGUAGCUGAAGUGGAGGGAUCUUACAUACUUCAGCUCAUCCAGGGCAAGCACACACGUUAAAUCUGACUUCUCGAAACAUCUUCUGACAUUAUUUCCAGCAAAGGACAGUUGUGUUUGUCAGUGAAGACCUCUUAGAUUUCACUGACAGACGUCUUAUGAUGAAUGACUGCAGUUUAGGACCCUUUGCUGUGACUCUUUGAAGUAUGUAAGAAAUUUCCCAUGUGGAUUUUAUUCAUAAGAACAUAUGAAAACGGAUGAAAGCGCACAGGACUCUAUGUUCAAGUGCAGGAUGCAUUUUACCAAUCCAAAAUGAUACGAUUCACUGGAUUCCGAACAUCAAAAUCUUUCAUGGCCUUUGUGAUGAGAAGAUGGAAAAUCUUACUGGUGCUGAAUGUGUUUACGAUGGCCGGCUUCAUCACUUUUUGGGGCAAGUGCAAUUUGCGCACAACCAAAGUUGUUGGUCAACAGGCGGCGGGUGCUGAUAUGAGAGGACAGAUGCAUCUGAAUGGAUCUGCUCAGGAGACCAGCAUCAGUCAUGAUGUGCUUUUAAAGAGACUGGGAUCUCUGGAAGAUGUGGUGUACAGACAGCUGAAUGGUCUGUCCAAGUCUCUUGGACUCAUUGAAGGGUUUGGAGGCCGAGGUAGAGGAGGUCUACCAGCAACACUCAUGCCAGAGGAAGAAAAAGAGGCCAAAAACAUGAGGGAGAAAUAUGGCUACAAUGCAUUUCUGAGUGACAAAAUCUCUCUGGAUAGAUCUAUUCCAGAUUAUCGACCCAGCAAAUGCAAAAAGGCCUUUUAUCCCCGUGACCUGCCACAGAUCUCCAUCAUCUUCAUCUUUGUAAAUGAGGCGUUGUCUGUCAUCCUGCGUUCAGUCCAUUCAGCUGUCAACCACACACCAGCUCAUCUCCUGAAGGAAAUCAUCUUGGUGGAUGACAACAGCGAUGACGUACAACUGAAAGGGCCACUGGAGGAGUAUGUCAACAAGCGCUACCCAGGUCUUAUCAAAAUAGUGCGCAAUCAGAAGAGAGAGGGCCUCAUCCGUGCUCGCAUCGAGGGCUGGAAAGUGGCCACCGGGGAGGUGACUGGCUUCUUUGAUGCCCAUGUUGAGUUCACGCCGGCAUGGGCUGAACCAGUUCUGUCUAGAAUCAAGGAGAACCACAAGAGGAUCAUACUGCCCUCCAUAGAUAACAUUAAAGACGAGACGUUUGAGCUGGAACGCUAUGAAAACUCGGGCCAUGGAUAUAACUGGGAGCUUUGGUGUAUGUAUAUCAGCCCACCGAAACAGUGGUGGGAUGAAGGGGACACUUCUGCACCAAUCAGGACGCCUGCAAUGAUAGGCUGCUCUUUUGUGGUAAACCGGGAAUACUUUGGGGAGUUGGGCCUACUGGACGCAGGGAUGGACGUGUAUGGAGGCGAAAAUAUAGAGCUGGGAAUCAGGGUGUGGCUGUGUGGGGGAAGCAUGGAGGUUCUGCCUUGUUCCAGAGUGGCCCAUAUUGCUAGAACGAAAAAGCCCUACAACAGUAACAUCGCCUUUCACGCUAGACGCAAUGCACUUCGGGUGGCAGAGGUUUGGAUGGACCAAUACAAAUCUAACGUCUAUUUGGCAUGGAACCUCCCAAUGAAGAACCAUGGCAUUGAAUAUGGAGACAUAUCCCAGAGACUAGCGCUCAGGAAAAGACUUCAGUGCAAAAACUUUGAGUGGUACCUUGACAAUAUCUAUCCAGAGAUGAGGAGAUACAACAACACUGUCUUUUAUGGAGAGAUUCGCAGUACCAAUGUGACCCAUCUGUGUGUGGACCAGGGCGUAAAGGAAAACCACACAGCAACGCUGCACCCCUGCCAUGGCUGGGGCCCUCAGCUGGGUCGCUACACUAAGGAGGGUUAUCUUUUCCUGGGUUCUCUGGGAAGCACUGGCGAAGAUACUCGGUGUGUGGUGGACGAUAAAAUCAGCAGCUACCCACAGCUCCUGAAUUGUGAGAAAGUCUCUAGCGUACGCCAGAAGACUUGGCACUUUGCACAGAAUGAAGCAAUCAUCAACCGAGCUACAGGACGCUGUCUCGAAAUAGUGAAGGCUAAUGUCCACUUCGGCUACGCUCUGAUUCUGCGUUCCUGCACUGGCCAGAAGUGGAACAUCAAGAAUUUGAUGAAACAGGACUGAGGGCAGUGAGUCAGUAAUCUUGAAAAGCUGGGAAUCUCUAUGGCCUUCAUGGGACUUGGAUCCAGUUUUGUGGAAUUCAAGGGGUGCCGAUUAUGUUUGCAUUUGUUGGGUUUACUACAUUCCAUAUUACAAAAAGAAACUUGAAGCACCACAUACAGUACCUUUUCGAGAACCCCUGGACAUCCCUUCAAAAAGGACAGUUCUCUGAGGAUCCAGUAAGUUCCUGCAAGAACUGUAAAGAACAUCAAAGAUUUUGAAGCACAUAAACUAUUGAAGUUCCUUAGGUUUGCAAUAUUUGAGGUUCAACCACGAGAGCAACCAUGUGACUCAAGUCUUGAGUGCUGAAACCAAAAUGACAAUUAAGUGUAGAUGACUUACUGCUGUAUUGCAAGUACUCUAUUCACCAUUGUAUGCAUAAUUUAAGUCUAUUCUUAAAUUAUAUACAUGCAAAUUUAGUUCAUAUCCUGCGAAACAGGUUAAUGUGUUCAUAGCAGCUUUUAUAGACUUAAAGGGAUAGUUCAUCCAAAACUGAAAAUUCUGUCAUUAAUUACUCACUCUCAUGUUGUUCCAAACAUGUAAGACCUAUAUUAAUCUUCAGAACACAAAUUAAGAUAUUUUUGAUGAAAUCCAAGAGCUUUCUGAAUUGUCAGCAGUGCAACUAACACAUUCAAGGCCCAGAAAGGUAGUAAGGACAUUGUUAAAACAGUCCAUGUGACAUCAGUGGUUCAACCGCAAUGUUAUAAAGUAAGAGAAUACUUUUUGUGUGCAAAGAAAAUGAAAAUUACAACUUUAUUCAACAGUUUAUUCUCUUCCGAGUCAGUCUUUGCCGUGCGUUCAGAACCUGGAUGUGUUGGACAUGGAUUGUUUAGAAGCAGAAAAAGACGCAUGCUGUACAGACAGUUGAGGUCAAAAGUUUACACACACCUUACAGAAUCUGCAAAAAAAUGACCCAUUCAAAUGUUUACACACACUUGAUUCUUAAUACUGUGUUGUUACCUGAAUGAUCCACAGCUGUGCUUUUUUUUUGUUUAGUGAUAGUAGUUCAUGAGUCCCUUGUUUGUCCAGAACAGUUAAUCUGCCUGCUGUUCUUCAGAAAAAUACUUCAGGUCACAUAAAUUCUUUGAUUUUUCAGCAUUUUUGUGUAUUUGAACCCUUUCCAACAAUGACUGUAUGAUUUUGAGAUCCAGCUUUUCACACUCAGGACAACUGAGGGACUCGUACGCAACUAUUACAGAAGGUUCAAAUGCUCACUGAUGCUACAGAAGGAAACCCAAUGCAUUAAGAGCUGGGGGUGAAAACUUUUGCAAUUUGAAGGUCAGGAUAAAUUUCACUUAUUUUGUCUUCUGGAAAACAUGUACUGUAAGUAUCUUCUGUAGCUUCUGAAGGGCAGACAGCUGUUUUUAUAAAUUCAACUAUUAUUUUCUCUUAUUCAGGUCAGUACUAAAUGAAAAAUAACAUGCAUUUUGUAUGAUCCCUCUUAUUUUGGUAAAAUAAUUAACAUUUUGCAGAUUCUGCUAGGUGUAUGUAAACUUAUGACCUCAUCUGUAAAACAAUCUUCAUAAACAUUUUGACCGAGAAGAUUUUUUUGCCCAGUUUUUGCCCAGCCUUACUUAUUUUCAACCAGAAUAUACAGACGAUGAACUAAGAGGGAUGGACAUUCUAUGCCAGAACCCCGGCUCCUGUGUCAGUGUCUAACCCGUGUCGAAGACUGAAAUGGAAACAAGAAAUUGUUGAAUAAAGUCGUUAUUUUUAUUUUCUUUGUGCACAGAAAGUUUUCUCAUAGAGUCAUCAUAUUACGGUUCAACCACUGAUAUCACAUGGACUAUUUUAAACAAUGUCCUUACUACCUUUCGGGGCCUUGAACGUGGUAGUUGCACUGCCGUCUAUGCAGGGUAAGAAAUCUCUCGGAUUUCAACAAAAAUAUUUAAAUGUGUGUUCUGAAGUUGAACGAGGGUCUUAUGCAUUUGGAACAACAUGAGGGUGAGUAAUUAAUACCAGAAUUUUUAUUUUUGGACGAACUAUCCCUUUAAUUUUUCGUAAAAUUGAGUUGUACUCUGUGUUUCUUUUUCCACUCUCUUGUUUUAGGUUCUCUCUGUCAGCAGCUAUGGAUCCCAGUGCGUUUUCUGUUUAAAUAAGCUGUCUGCUCUGGAAAUAUGUUAUUUAUUGCAUAGUUUUUUUUCUACAGUAGCCCUACACAAGAAUGACAUUACGAUAUGUGCGCAGUUUAACAGUAACUAUGGUAACUGAGCUGAAUCUGAUGCUGAAUGAAUCCUGUAGUAGUCACACUGUUACUUUGAACCACACAAGGCCAGUAUGUAGGCGAAAGAAAUAUGGGAAAAUGAUCGUCAGGGAUUGUCGACCGAGUUACAUAAGGACACGUUACGUGAGUCAUAAACUCUACAUGUAACUAUAGUUUCCUCAGAUGUUGUUAUACCCAUACCGUCUUCCAUUUUGACUAGGACCGGUUUGAAUAAAAUGGCGAACUGCA